UAUGCUGCCGACACUGUCGGACGCAAGCAGCCUUCAGCAUGCGGGCUCCUCCGCUGGUGUUCGUCUUCGUGCACGCCUUGCUGUUCGUGUGCGCUCACGCUGCAGGUUGGGACCGCCAAGAAGUGAGAUGCAGCCCGGGCGCGCGCUGCGUCCCGCUCACGAGUUGCCCCGAGGCCCUGCAGAGGCUACAGGAUGACCCCUCACGCCACCCUACCAUGUGCGGCUUCCCCAAAGGCAGUGCCACUGUUCCCGACGUGUGUUGCGGUCAAACGCCAAAAGAGACAGAUUGUUCAGCGGCGACUUCGGUUCGGGACGUUCACCCUCCCACGAUCUCCUGCAAGGAGCUGCUGGAAAAGCCAUACGCGGAAGAUUCAAAGAGUCCAGGAAGGGUGGCUCGGAAAAUGUGCAGAAAGCAUCAAGAGGACUUGUGCGCCUUAGAGCAAAAGCUCCGUUCAGCAGCAUGUCCUUCUGCAGGAAUGGUGACGGACAUUUUGGAAUUUCCGCACAUGGUAAGCAAAUAGUUCACAUUCAUAGCCUUGAAAUUGUCAAGGUGACAGCUUAAAUUUCACUGUUGCGGCCACAUAGAAAAUUGAGUGAAUGAUUGCGGGAAGACUUCA